GGAUUGUGGGAAAUGUAGUCAGCGCCUUGUUGCUGUUGUCCACAGCUGGUUAGCAUUUCUAUUGUCUUUCUUAUGAGAGGGAUACCCGCUACAAUCGUUGCCUCUUUUCUUAUUACCACAAAAGUCUUACAAUUUCAUAGUCCACCAUGGCGGACGAACAAGAGAUAAUGUGCAAGCUAGAAAACAUCAAAGAAAUAAGGAAUAAGACAAUUCAGAUGGAGAAGAUCAAGUCUAGACUGAGGAGCGAGUUUGAAGCUCUGGAGUCAGAGGAGAAGCACCUGAGAGAGUACAAACAGGAAAUGGAUCUUCUGCUGCAGGAGAAAAUGGCUCACGUAGAGGAGCUGCGUCUCAUACAUGCUGACAUUAAUGUGAUGGAAAACACUAUCAAACAGUCUGAGAGUGACUUGAACAAACUGCUGGAGUCAACCAGACGUCUCCAUGAUGAAUACAAGCCCCUGAAAGAACACGUGGACGCCCUGAGGAUGACCCUCGGCUUACAGAGACUCCCUGACCUCAGCCAGGAAGAGGAGAAGCUCUCAUUGGAUUACUUUGAAAAGCAAAAGGCUGAGUGGCAGACAGAACCCCAGGAACCUCCUAUCCCAGAAUCCCUAGCAGCAGCGGCGGCUGCAGCCCAGCAACUUCAAGCUGCACGGAAACAGGACGCCAGGCAGACAGCCACAUUCCGCCAGCAGCCGCCACCUAUGAAGGCUUGUCUGUCCUGCCACCAGCAAAUCCAUCGGAAUGCACCAAUCUGUCCUCUCUGCAAAGCCAAAAGUCGCUCACGCAACCCUAAAAAACCUAAGAGAAAACCAGACGAGUGACACACAUGCCUCUAAACAACUCCUGAGAAAACCUGACUAACAUACACAAUCCUAUCAGAAAACAAUUUACACAUAAAUGCACUCACUUACGCUCUCAUGCAUGCACAUUUCCAAACAUACACACUGGCAGUCACCAUGAAGCCACAAACCCACACUGUGCAUUUAUACACACACACACACACACACACACACACACCAUUGUCCUGAAGGAAUGGACCAUCUGCAGUCUGAUAACUUGACCCAUCAUAGUGAUCCUGUAUUUCAUCUGUCUUCCUGCUUCAGUGUACUUGAGGUCUUAGUUUUUCAUUUCAUUUUUAUAUAAGUGAAACCUUGAUAUUGUGUUUGUAUUGUGUCUGUAUUUAGUUUGUAGUGGAAAUGGAUGCUGGUUUAGAAACAUUGAAGUGUGCUAUUCUGUGUGGGGUUUAAUUCUAAUGCAUUAGUUUAAACUAAAUUCCCUGAAGUGGCUUUAGCCAACAGAGCUGUUUGUACGGUAUUCAUUUAAUGCUUAAACGGAUCUUGAAUCAUUUUAAUUAAUUAAUUAAUAAUAAUAUGAUUUCACAUAUGUCUUUUAAUGUUUUUCUUGAUAACAGUGCAAAUUGUUUUUUUUUUUUGUUUUUUUAUUAUGUAACCAUGGACUGUCUCAGACCAUGUCAGUGUUCUAGAAUGUCUUGAGGGCCGUUCACACAGGAUGUAGAUGGAGAGCAUUGGAAUAGAACAGAAUGAGUUUCUACCUUUAAGCAUCUUUAAAAAGUGGUGCUAAUGGCAUGAGAUGCUGAAAAAAAUGAGACAUGGUGCAACAGGCAUUGAAACAAAUACAACAAUGAACUAUUACGCAAACUGAACACAAGAACACAUUCUGUGUGAACAGCCUCUUAGAAGUAGAAAAAUUACAGAACACAAGUUCAAUGAGAGUUCUAAAGCGCGACUUCUUUUAGAACCUCCAUUCAGUUUGAGCAAUGAGCUGUUACUUUGUUUUCUGGAAUUUGACCGAAUGGGCAUUAAGAGUUUGUUAGAUUCUUCAGUAUUGAAUCAUUGUGAUUAUGUCUCAUCUUUUCUGAAAAUAAUUUUUUAAUAAUUAAAAUGUGUUAAACUAAUAAA